UAUACUGUGCAAGGCAACUAUCGUGACUGAAUUUCGAGGUUGAAGAUGAAUAGACUGUUUGGAUCCAAGAGCACUACUCCUAAGCCGACGCUGGAUGGUGCUAUCAAAACCACAGAGGAUCGUAUUGCCACGUUAGAUGUUAAAUUGGCCAAGAUCAAUGCUGAACUGGGAGCGUAUCAACAGAAGCUAUCAAAGAUGAGAGAAGGCCCGGGGAAGAAGUCCUUGAAGCAACGUGCUUUGGGGUUGCUCAAACAACGUAAGCAGAUUGAAGCUCAGAAGGAUCAAUUGGAGCAGCACGUUUGGGGUAUGACCACUGCACAGAUGACCACUGAUAACUUGAAGAGCACACUUGCCACUGUGGAUGCUAUGAAAGAGGCGAAGAAAGAGAUGGAGAAGGUAUAUGGUAAAGUGGAUAUCGAUAAAAUUGAAGAUAUGCAAGAUGACAUGCUUGAUCUGAUUGAACGAGGUAAAGAACUACAAGAGGUUCUAACCUCUGGGUACGACGUUCCGGAUGCGAUUAGCGAUUCUGAGUUGGACGCAGAGCUCGAUGCAUUGGCUAUAGACAUGGAGGAUGAAGCCAACGACAUCGGCGAGAAUGAGACCCCAAGUUAUCUCAGUGAAGUGCCCAAGUUCAUUGACGAACCUGUUGGUGAAGAAAAGGCCAAAGAGGCUGCUGUUUGAAGAAAGAAGGGCACUGUGUAUUGUUUCACCAAUCUAUAGUAAUGACGAUGGUAUGGUAGUAUUCUUAUGUACAUGAGAUAUCUCCAUUGUGAACUCAGGAAAGUCUUCUGACAGCUGCUAAGUAGUUGCCUGUGGUUCCGUCACCACAGAAUACCCAGCCUUUGAAGGGGACGUACAUGCACCCUCUUACAGAUACAACUUCAAAGCCCGGACGCUUACCAAUCCAAUCAACGAGCUCC